GGGUAUCUGAGGUUUAGAGCCAAGAAAAGUGAAACCAUGAGAUUGAUUGAGGCUCAAGGUGAUGACCAAGAAUCGGCUGCUAUAAAGUUGCAGAAGGUCUACAAGAGCUUCCGGACCAGGCGAACGCUUGCUGAUUGUGCUGUUCUGUUGAGCAUUGAGCAGAGGUGGUGGAAUUUGUUGGAUUCUGCAGAGCUCAAUAGGAGCUCCAUUUCGUUCUUCGACAUUGAGAAGCACGAGACAUCAAUCUCUCGUUGGUCAAGAGCAAGAACAAGGGCUGCCAAGGUUGGAAAAGGCUUAUCACAGAACAGCAAAGCUCAGAUACUCGCCUUGCAGCACUGGCUCGAAGCUAUCGAUCCACGACACCGUUAUGGACACAAUCUACAUUUCUAUUACAUGGAAUGGCUGAAUCUUCAAAGCAAAGAGCCCUUCUUCUACUGGCUAGAUAUAGGAGAGGGGAAGGAAGUUAAUCUUACGGAGAAGUGCCCUCGUUCUAAGCUUCAACAGCAGUGCAUCAAGUACCUUGGACCGAGGGAGAUGGAGGCUUAUGAAGUUGAAGUGGAGGAUGGGAAGCUCUUGUACAAGAAAACUGGGGAGCUUCUUGACACCAUAGACGAACCAAAGGGUUGCAAGUGGAUAUUUGUCCUUAGCACGUCCAGGACCUUAUACGUCUCGCAGAAAAAGAAAGGCUCGUUUCAGCACUCUAGCUUCUUGGCCGGAGGAGCCACGCUGGCUGCUGGGAGGAUCGUCGCUGAUAAAGGCGUCUUAAAGGCGGUCUGGCCUCACAGUGGGCAUUACCGGCCUACAGCCGAGCAUUUUCAAGAUUUCGUAUUGUUUCUCAAGGAUGGGAAUGUGGAUCUUGACAAAGUUGAGUUUGAAUCUGUCGAUGACGAGGACAAAGACUCGGUCGAGAAGCAUAUGAGAAACAUCUCCUCCGUAGACGACUUGACUGAAGGAGAUCAACUGAGGAUGGAAGAACACAAGGUUAGCUCGGUUAAACAUUGAAGUGAAAAGAGCAGCAUUGGAUGCAGUUCUAGCCUCUCAAGGCAAGGUAAUCACUCACACUUUGUUGAGCACUAGUGAAGCAGCUUCUAUUCUUUCAUUUAAUUCAUUCUUUAUUGUGAACAGAAACGACGAUUCUACUUAGGUAUCACAUUCAGUUAUUCAUUCCUAAUGUUUCAAACAAGAACACAUUUUUGUCUUUUUUCCAUUUUU